CGUAACCCAACGUUUGGGCAAAGCUGUCAUUUAACAACCAAUCGUCCAUCGCGUAGGAAAACAAAGCCGCAUACCCCAACCGUCGUUCUCCUCCUCCCCUCACCGCAGAAACAGAUCUCAGCGGUUAUGUUCGUCGUGAUCAGUCCGUCGAAGCCAACGUAGGUUUUCAGCUUUACCGUCGAUAUCAAAGUCCACCAUCGUCACACUCGAAUCAACGGCAGCUGUUUUAUGGCGUCCUCCAGCAAGAUGAAACGCGCUGUUGAAGACCUAGAUCACGAAGAACAGUUCGAACGAUUUGAUGACUUCACGCUUGCUUCUUCAUGGGAAAGGUUCAUAUCUGAAAUUGAAGCGGUUUGUCGACAAUGGUUGGCUGAUGGAGCAAAAAAUUUGUUGGAAAAGGGUGCUGUGUGUGUAGGUUCUUCGAAGAGCUUGUAUACAGUCAAGUUUGAGUUGAAGUAUGCUGCAAAAAGCUAUUUCAUGGAGUACUACUUUGAAACCAACAAUGAUGGAAAGGUUGCGGACUGGAGUUGCAGUUUGCAUGAUCUGCAAUUGUCUUUUGGGGUGAACGAAUUUCUGGUGAUUGCACCUCAAAGUGCCAGCGGUGUGGUCCUUGAUGCACCAGAGGCUAGCAAGCUUUUAAGUGCAGUUGCCAUUGCAUUGUCAAAUUGUUCAAGUUUGUGGCCAGCAUUUGUUCCAGUACAUGAUCCUUCUCGGAAAGCAUACAUUGGUAUCCAGAAUAUGGGAACAGUUUUUACUAGAAGAUUUGAGGCAGAUCGUAUUGGAAGCCAGGUUCCAGUGAAACUCAUGCAUUUGGAGGGGUUACAUGAAUUAUUUCUUUCGAAAUUUGUCUUCUCCCCGUUGGACUUUUCGAUGCAUCUUUUCAAAGUCCACUUUAGAAUGAAGUUAACCUACAGAACUAUUCCCUAUGAUGAUGACGAUGAACUACAAGGAGCUGACAUUGAAAUUACCGAGUCUGGUGAAAAUCCAGGAGGUGGCAUCCGCAACAAAACACAAUGGGAUGAUGAUUGUCCUUGGAGCGAGUGGUAUUCUUCAGAGGACCCUGUAAAAGGGUUUGAUUUGAUUACCAUAUGGUCAGAGAAGUUAGUUGAAAGUUCUUUGGAAAUGGCUGAACUGGAAAAUGCUUCGGCCCAUGAAGCUGAGAAGUGGUUCAUAUUACCAAAUGUGUCUUCAAAGUUCAUUGAUGGGUCGGUUGGAAAUACAAUUGGAUUUGGUUCACAAUUGGAUCUUUUGGUGACUGCAUUGGAAUUGUCCUUUGGCGCUCAAUUUAUGGAAGAUUUUGUAUCAGUUGAAAACUCAGGAUCUGAUAAUUUGAAGUCUUCAGCAGUCAUACCUCCACCGACUGUUCUUGAUCGUGUCCUCAAGGAUCUCUUUCAUGAUGGUUUGCAGCUCCUCCAUUUCACUGAGGGUGAGCAUAAGAAUUCUCGAGCUAUUAAAGGCGCACCUCUUGAAUCACUGUUUUCUCAGUUCUGUCUGCACUCACUUUGGUUUGGCAAUUGCAAUAUACGUGCAAUUGCUGUGCUCUGGAUAGAAUUUGUUAGAGAAGUUCGUUGGUGUUGGGAAGAGUCACAACCUUUACCUCGAAUGCCAACCAAUGGGGUAAUUGACCUCUCAACGUGCUUGGUCAACCAGAAACUCCACAUGCUUGCAAUAUGCAUUGAGAAGAAGCGCCAACUUAGUAAGAAGUACCAAGAUGGUGAUGAAAACAAAGAUCGUGUUUCUGCUCAAGUUGAGGAAGGUGGUCAAGUAAAGGGAUCCUCAUCUGCUACAAUAGUACAUGGUAACGAUAUCGUCGGGGAACGAGAAAGGUCCUCAGAGUCAGAUGGUUUGCAUCAGCCUGAAACUUCUGUAUCUAGGUUUCAUUCUGAGGCUGAGGAUGUCGUUACAUCUGCUGAAUUAAGGCCUUCAGAUUGUAUCAGGAGAGGGUCAGCUGGUGUUGAGGGCAUGAUGCUACUAAAAUCAUACCGAAACAUGCAUGUUCCACUCACACAGGAUCCACCACUUAUGACAGAAGACAUGCAUGAAGAACGGCUUCGUGCUGUUGAAACCUUUGGUGACUCAAUUAGCUUCUCUGCUCAGUUGGAGAGAGAGAUUUUGUCUUCAGACAUGUCGGCAUUCAAAGCAGCAAAUCCAGAUGCUGUAUUCGAAGAUUUUAUCCGUUGGCAUUCACCUAGAGAUUGGGAGGACGAUAACUUUGGAGAGAGUGGAGAAGUGUCCACAAAUGAGGCAACUGAAGGGUCAAAAAAGGAUUGGCCUCCUCGGGGACGACUUUCAGAGAGAAUGUCUGAGCAUGGGAAUAAGUGGCGAAAAAUUUGGAAUGAUGUACCUGCUUUGCCAGCGUCCGAGCAGAAGCCACUUUUGGAUCCCAAUCGAGAAGGAGAAAAGGUUCUUCAUUACUUGGAAACAUUGCGGCCACACCAGUUGCUGGAACAAAUGGUUUGCACUGCCUUCAGAGCUUCAGCUGACACUUUAAACCAGACUUCUUUUGGUGGCUUAAAGCAGAUGACCACCAAAAUGGGUCAACUUUAUCCUACAAUGGCUUCUACACUGAAGCCUUUGCAAGCAAAUCGUGUCUUCAUCCUCAGUGAGAUAAUUGAAGACCUGAGACGGCUUUGUGUGGUUUUCGAACAUGUUGAAAAGUUACUGACCGUUGCAGCUUCUCUUCAUCGCAAGUUUUUGCAAGUACCACGUCUAUCAGAAGUUAUUUUCAGUGACUACUACAACUUUUACCAACCCAAAAUGGGGUCAGGCUCAGUCGGAGGCAGUGGUGAUAUGGAGUUUGAUAAGAGGCAUCAAGUGAGGAGGCAGGAGAGAGAGGCAGUUGCGAACAUGUUUACUCAACCCACUGCCAACCAGUCAUGGAGGAAGGUUCUAAGCAUGGGCAAUCUUCUGAAUGGCCAUGAACCAGUCCUGAGGGAGAUUAUAUUUGCCGUGUGCGAUCGAAUGAGAGGGAGUUACUAUGCAGCCUCCACGCCUAGAGCUUUCCAGAAAGAAAUAGAAACAUACCGAAUGUAUAUCUGUGGUACCUCAAAUGAUCUCCGGGUAGCACUCUCUGUUGCCUCUUGUGAUUAAUCGCUGGACUUGCCUGUAUUGAAUAAGUAAAGAAUCUGUGGAUUCAUGAAAAUACAUUAGUUGUGCUUGUGUGGAUUUGUUGAGUCAUUCCCACAGAUAAGGUAUGCGGUGGUGUUUACUCUCU